AUGGAUCAAGCAGCCCAAGCAAUGGCGAACGCCAACAUUGCUGGCGAUCAGCCAGCUCGUCAGCGACACGGUCUUCGCCCUCUGGCUCCGAAGAUCGGGAAGAAUCCGUCCGGACAGACUGUGGAGCUCAUCUCCAAUAUGGCCAAGCUCUCGACCGCCGCCAACACCCCGAUCUACAAAUACGAUGUGAACAUCGUCGUCGUCUAUAAAAAUCAAGACGGCGCGGAGGUCUCGAUUGAGAAGUCCAAGUCCACUAAGUCGGGCACGGCUCAUGAUGUGGACAAAACCCUCUGUCGCACUAUCUUCGACAUGGCUAUGAAGAAAUUGGCCGGAUUCAACGGGCAGAAUUCCUUCUACGACCUCCAAGCCUCCAUGUACACAUUGAAGAAGAUUCCCAUGGAGAAAAAUCCGCAAAAACCGACAAUUUUUGAUCCUAAAACUCAAAAUUUUCAGUCCGACUUCUCGGUCACGCUCACGACCGGAGUCUCUACGGCGCCAAACUUCAUCCGGGCCGUAUUCACUUUGAAGGCCGUCGCCACCACCUACCAGGCCUCGACAAACGAUCUGAGGCGAACUGCCACGUCGGCACCUGCUCUGGCCGACAAAUCGAUUUUGGAAGCGCUGAGUCUCUUCAUCUCAGGACCAGCAUUAGCCAACCCAAAAGUCAUCACCGUUGGAAACUGCGUGCACUACUACGAUGGUACUAUGAGAGGCUUCACACCAAGAGACUAUCCCGAAGGAGGGACGUUCAGUGCGCUGGGAGUGUCCAAAGGAGUCAAGAUGGUUGAAGGAGGUGUUAUGAUGAACACCGAAAUGAAGGUUACCCUCUUCCAUCCGGACAACGAGCCUCUCAUCAACGUUAUGAAGACGUUGAAAGGCUUCUCACCGAAUCUGGGACUUUCCUCUCAAGAAGGAAUUAAUGCCGCCAAAGCUCUGAAGGGAUUGGAGUUUUUCUGCAACUACGGAGACUUGAAGGACAAGGGAAACGAGCGACGCAUCGUGAAGGCGUUGGAUUUUGGAGGAAGUGCUCGCUCGACGACCUUCCUGGUUGAUAAUGAGCCAACCAGUGUGGAGGCCUACUUCCAGAACAAGUACAAGGAGCGUCUUGCGUUCCCAAAUUUGAUGACAGUGAUUGUGAAGGGAAGGAACGGAUCCAGAGUCAAUAUCCCUGCUGAGCUCCUCGAUUUUUGCCCCAAUCAGAAGGUCACGAAUGAGCGAAUGACGGUGAAGAAUCAGCAGGCAGAGCUCAUCAAGGAUGCUGCAGCGGCGCCUGAAAAGCGAAUGCAAUACACUCAGACUGCUGCCAACGCUGUUGGAAUCCACUCGAAGAAUGUGAUGAACUUCAUCAAAGUCGAGGAGCCAACCACGUUGAAGGGAAUCGUCCUUAACAAGCCAACAAUCAAGUUCUCGACCCCAAAUCCUGUUGCUUUCGACGCCAGAGUCCCGACGGAUUUCAAGAUUAAUGGAAAAUUCGUCAUGCCGGCGAAGAUGGACAAUUGGGAGGUGGUCUUCAUGAGAAACGAAGAAGUUCGUGACUUCACGAAGCGCAUUAGCCAAGCCAUGGGUCAGUGUGGAAUGGCGGUGCAGCCACCAGUCGUCUCCUUCAUCAACAGUGGCGGAGAUCUUCCAAAUCUCUUCGAAAAGGCCAGAUCGUCGAAGCGCCAGCUCCUCAUGUUCGUCUUCAGAAGAAGCGUCCCGCUCCACGCCCAAAUCAAGUCGCUCGAGCAGAAAUUUGAUAUUCUGACUCAGGAGAUCACUCUGGAGACCGCCGAGAAGAUCUUCCGUCAGCCACAGACUCUCCAGAACAUUGUCAACAAGACCAAUAUGAAGCUCGGCGGUUUGAACUACCGAAUCGAUUCUACUGUCUUGAACCCCAACAUUUUGUUCAUCGGAUUCGAGACGUCGUCAAAAGGAGGAGCUGGAGACGUAGGGAUAAUAAAUCUGAAAUUUGGACCAGUAUCGAUUGGAUUCGCCGCCAACAUGAUGCAAAAUCACCAGCAGUUUGCUGGCGGCUACAUCUACGCUCCACAGGCCCGAGAUGUAGGGAAAAAUCAAUAUUUUCAGAUUUUCCAACAAAAAGUCAAUAUUUUUAGACCUAUGGAUCUGUGGUCGGCCCAGUGCUCAAACAAAUUCUCGGAGUCGUCAGACGCAACCGCAAGGAUCCACCACAAGAGAUCAUCAUGUACUUCAAUGGAGUCACCGAGGGACAGUAUGGACUCCAAUCAUGAGAGAAUAAGAAAUUUGAAUUUACAGAUCAACGAAGUCUACUCCGAGGAGAUCAAGAAGACCAUUAUGGCCAUCAAGGCAGACUGGAGACCAAGGCUGAUGAUCAUCGCCACGUCGAAGGCACACAACGAGAGAUUCUACCAGCUCGAGAAGAACAAGGCUGUCUCCAACUUGGCACCAGGAACCGUGAUCGACCACACCGUAGUCUCGCCAGUCUUCUCGGAAUUCUACCUGGCUUCCGCCGUCGCUCGUCAAGGAACCGCCAAGGCCACUAAGUACACCAUCAUUUUCGCGACGAACCCAGAAGCAAAUCUGGCCAGAAUCGAGACCAUUACCAAUGAUCUGUGCUUCGAUCAUCAGAUCGUGUUCCAGCCAGUGAGCCUUCCAGUGCCACUGUUCAUUGCUGGUCGAUGCAGUCAGAGAGGAGCCGCCGUGCUUGGAUACAAUGGGUAA